CAAAGUCCAGCUGACAGAUAGAGACGAUCCGCAGACGCCACAAACAACAAGAAGAAGGAAAUUAAUCUAAAAGGAAAUAAUUCUCUCAGCUGAAACCGUUUAAAACAAAGAGGAACAUUGGAGAAACAUUUGGCGAAACUCUAAUAUCUGACUCUAAAUCCUCCUUUACAGAUGGAUUGUACCUGAGGACGAACUGAUCACAUAAAUCACACAGAUCACUGCUGAUCGACUGACCGGUGGCCAUCUUGGAGAGACACACAGCAGCUGCUCCAGCCGGGACCUCUCCUGAUCUCUCCCUGCUCCCCAGCCUCGGUGUCCUCUGCUGGGCAACAUGGAGCCUGGAGUCAGUCGGUUGCCGCUCCAGGUCCUGGGAGAGAAUGAGGCGCUGCAGCAGUUCUUCAGUGGUCAGGAUGUGAGUGGCAUGUUGGACAGCUCUGUUGCCGUGGAUACGAGCAUCCUGGAGCAGUAUCUCAGCAAUGACAUGGAUCCAAACAGCUUCAUGCUCCCUGAGUCUCCGCCUGACUCGAGCUCAGAGGCCUGUUCACCAGCACAGAUACCUGAUUUCCAUUACGAGCAGCCCUAUUGGUCCAACCAGCCGCCCAACCAGGAGGCGUUCCAACCCACGACUCAGUCCACAGCUUCUUCAUCCUGUCGCUUCAAGGAUCGAGGCUCCGCCCCCGGCCACUCUGACCUGUUGACCCAUGAUCAGCUCCGCAGUUUGGGCCUCACUAACACUCACAUCAAAUCUGGGACACCACCCAUCCCUCCUGCUGCACCUGCCCCAUUCCACCAGCACACACACCACUCACCUGAGCACAGACAUUACCUGAGUCCAGAGAGAUGCUCGCAGGUUUACACCCCACCCACACCCCCCUCUCCGCCCCUACCUCCCCUGAACAGCUAUAUUCCACCCCAUGCUGGUCCAAGCAUGAUCCCGCAUUUAACCACGCCCCCUUCAACCUGUUUGGAAGGCUCCACGCCCACGCAACACACCUGCUCCCCACAAACUAAAAAAAGGAGAAGAUCCGAGUGUGAGGAACCAUCGGCAGGAAUCGAAGCCUCCUGCAGUGAUGGUGAUGCGACUUGUGGUGUCAGUGGAGGGAACAGCACAGGUGGUGGUGGACCAAAUAUGGGAUCCUACCAGCUUCUGACCUGGGAACAUUUUAGGCCAGGACAGUGGAGCACUUUGUAUGACAGCAACUACCAGACACUGUCUCCUCCAGCCUACCAUGUCGACACAGAUAAAGGCUUCAACUACUCUGCAGCUGAUGAGGCCUUCAUUUGCCAAAAGAAGAACCACUUUCAGGUCACCAUUCACAUUGGUGUGGCCGCAGAGCCACAAUACGUCAGAACACCCAGUGGGACACAGGAGGUGGACCACUUCCAAAUAAAAGUGUUUGGGUUCAAGCUGGAAGCUCCAAGUCAACAGGUGACCAUUGAACAGUCUCAGCCCGACCGCAGCAAAAGGCCUUUCCACCCCGUCAGGGUCAGCCUGCCUGGUGGAAAGAUCACCAAGGUAACGCUCGGCCGGCUGCACUUCAGCGAGACGACAGUCAAUAACAUGAGGAAGAAAGGCAAACCCAACCCUGACCAGAGGUAUUUCCAGUUGGUGGUUGGUCUGUACGCUGCAGUGGGAGAGGACACCUUCCUCCUGACAGCUCUGGUGUCAGAGAGAAUCAUCGUCAGGGCUUCUAAUCCUGGUCAGUUUGAGACAGACGGGGAUGCCCUGUGGCAGCGGGGGGCAGUGCAGGACGCGGUGGUCUGUCAGGGACGGGUGGGCAUCAACACCGACUCCCCUGAUGAGGCGUUGGUCGUCUGCGGUAAUGCCAAGGUAAUGGGCACCAUUAUGCAGCCAUCUGACUGCCGCAUCAAAGAAAACAUACAAGAGGUCGACUCUGAGCAGCAGCUGAAGAGAAUCACUCAGAUGAGAUUAGUUGAGUUUGAUUAUAAACCAGAGUUUGCCUCCACCAUGGGAAUGGACCACACCCACCAGACAGGUGUAAUAGCUCAGGAGGUAAAGGAGCUGCUGCCGUCAGCGGUGAGGGAAGUCGGAGACGUCACCUGUUCUGAUGGAGAGAGGAUUCAGAAUUUUCUCAUGGUGGACAAGGAGCAGAUUUUCAUGGAGAACAUUGGGGCGGUGCAGCAGCUGUCAAAGCUCACCGACAACCUGGAGACUCGAAUCCAAGACCUGGAGGUUUGGAACCGCCGACUGGCUAAACUGAAGAGCCUGACGGGCAGCCUGCGCUCCACAGGGAUACCCAGGAAACACAGCAAUGUGUCAAUGAUGCCGAAUACUGACGCGUGUAAGACUGAGAAAGUUCAGAACAAGGGUGGGAGUCAGAAAUACAGCCACUGUCUGCAGAAUAAAGUCUUCCACAUCAGCGUCUUCACCCUGCUGGCCACCAUGGCUCUCUGCUCCAUCUCUAUCAUCACUCUGUACCUGCUAUAUUUUGGGAAUAACGUAGACCUCACUCCCAACAACAGUAAUGGCAGUGUGGUUCCCAUGCAGACCACAGCGUGGACCAGCACAGUCCCACCCACUAGCUCACCUGGCCUCUGGCCCCCAGAUGUGGACUUCUGUGACCUGUUGUACUGUGAUGAGGUGUACUGUUGCCCCUCACCAGCAGAGGGCGGCACUAAAUUCAACAUCGCCACCCCUGAACCAGCUGGAGCAGAAAAAUCUGAUUUGACAGAAAAAAGAAGAGAAAAACUUUAUCACAAGCUGAAAAGUGCUAAAGACUGGACAAACACCACCAUCCAGUCUUUCAGGAUCAAAGAGAACCAGCAGGUGAUCGACAGCAGAUACUGUCUAAGAGGUGAAUGUGGGCCAGGUAGAUACGUCUACAGAGUUCCCAUCAGCCAGUUUGUCCCAGUCAACAUGAGAGUUACACUAAUCAUGAACUCUACAGAACUGCUGGUCGUCCAUCUGUGUGAUUUUGAUGAGUCAGCGGCCUGUUCUGCUCUGCUGGAUAUUAACACUGUCACAGGGAGCAGAUACCCACCAAACACACAGGGGGAACAUGAAUGGCCUCUCCAUGUGGCUCGGCUUUAUCACAGCUCGUAUCACUUCCGCUCCACAGUGGCUGGUCAAGCAAACUGCAGUACUGACCAUCACUACGGGGGGGCACGCUUCACUGACUACAUUUUCCACUUCUACAGACACUGCACAAACUCGUAGACGCACAUUUAAAUAAAUAAAAAAUAUUACAUUUUAAUUUAUUAAAUAUUUUCUUUAUUCUCAGAAAGAUGAUAAUCAGAGAAAUGAAGGCAGACUCAUCACUUCUGUUUUUUUGUUUUUGUAAACAAUACGUUUUUUAUUGUGAUGUAAAUCACUGUUGCUGACAUACUCUCCUGCAUCAUCGCAAAAAUUGUCAGCAGUAGACAUUCAGCUCAGAUCAGAUAGACAUUAUUUCCUUUUAUGUUCUUCAAUUUAUCAUUACUGUCUUAUCUUUCCUGCUUCAUUAGAUAUUGUUCAGCUAAUAGAGACAGUAGAGCAACAGAGCGACUUCAUGAUGGAGACUAAACUGAUUAAAAGAUUAGGUCAAAGCUUCUCUCUUAUAAUUCACCAUGUUCAGCCAGUCAAUCGCAAUCACAAAUUGAUUUUCAGCACAUUGAAAUUUAGUAAAUUAUGUACAGAAAUCAAACACUGAUUUUAUUUCCCUCAAUAAAGAUUAAUGUAAUUAAUUUGAAAGUUUUACUAGCCUUUAGUUAGUCAUUACGAUGUUUGUAGAGUUUUUCUGUAAAGGACUUAUUGUAUCUCAUGCUUAUGGAACAGGAUUAUGUCUAUGUGAGAGAUUACUAUCUGAAAUCCAAGAAAACUACAUCAGAUUCUCAUAAUUUCACUCAAAUUUUACUUAAAUUUAAGACGCUAAGAGAAUUCAAUCAGAGACUGUUUUAGAAGCUCAGCUUUUCUUCUCAGAACCAAAAUAAAUUGCAGAAUGUAUAAAAACACAAUGUAUGUAUGUUUUACAAAUAUACAUUAAAGCUUUAAAGAUGG